AAUUGUUACACCAAGAAACACUUCCGUUGUAACCAAAAAAAAUUAUCCAAACCGAGUAAAAAGUGCUUGAGUGUAAUUCCAGUAGCGUUCUACAGUAGGUCGCAAGUUUGUAAAAUUUGAUUUUAAAACGGUACAGGUCCGUUUAGUUGCCUAUUUACAUGCAAGCUAACUUGGCUACCUAACAAAAGUCGAAAAAGCGACCAUGGAGCCGGCGUGCCGCAAAGAUAAACAGAAACAGAAGGACACUCCAAACCGAGGGGACCGAGCCAAACAGAAAUCUGCUCAACAGGAGUUAAAACAGCGACAAAGAGCAGAGAUCUAUGCCCUGAAUAAAGUGAUGACAGAGCUGGAGCAGCAACAGUUUGAGUCUUUCUGCAAACAGAUGCAGCCGCAGGCCGAAUGAGUUGUUCUCAAUCAGAGACUGACGCCAACGCAGAAAUGCUAACGCCGCUGUGCAUUCGCCUAUUUUGGGUUGUAGUUUCCUUCACCUGUGUUCAGAAAACAACGCUGUGCCACGUGUCCGGUACAUGCGUCUGAGAUAUCACAGACCUUAAUGUGAUAUUAAUGUCCAAGGAUGCUAAUGGUCAUGAAUGCCUUCGGAUGGGUGUCCCACCUAACCUCAUCGUUAACUCGUCGUUAAUCGGUGAUAUGAAGAAUCUUUUUAUUUGUUAAAUGGAAGACGGACGGUGUAUUUUCACAUGCCAUAGCCUAGGUGUUACUGCUAUUAAAUAGAAUGCGGUAACACUGUUUUUGUGAAAUUGUACGGUUUCUGUUCAACCACACAUGCAACAAUAAGAACUAUACAUUUAAUAGUUGGAGGCAUGAAGCAUUGAAGGUAUGGUUUUCUUGUUUUUGGAGUUCCCCUUUUCUUUUUUGUGUUAAAACAGACCCAAUAUUUAUGAAUUAACACAGAAAGUUAAUACUUUAACACCCUGUUAUGUAGCUACUGGUAUUUCAUGUGAGUGUUAAGGUUGCCCUCCAGGGUAAUGCAAACCGCAGCAUUAGUGUGGACAGUGUUUACUCUGUGUGUGUGUGUGUGUGUGUGUGUGUGUGUGUGUGUGUGUGUGUGUGUGUGUUUGCGUUUGCGCGCGCGCACGAUAUCCCAGUGUUUUGACCCUCUAUAUCAGGGUGGUCUCUGCUGUAAAGCUGUAUACUAUCCAAGUGUAUACGUACACAUUUAGAGUGUUUUGCUGAAACUGGGGAAAAAAUGCCUCUAUUGUUGAACCAUCACCAUAUACUGCAUUCUUGCACUCCAUGGUUCUUGCAUUGUUGUUUGUUGCUUUUUUAAAAUUUGUCCACUGAAUAACUGUAAGCAUUUAUGAACUAAAGUGUGAUGGCUUGAAUUUUUUUGAGAUGAAGAUUUUUUUAUUUUUAUUUUUUAUUUUAUUCGGAAAUUAUAUUUUCUAAUUGCAAAGACAAUUAUAAGUCUAAUGACUGAUCAGCAUGUAUUAAAGCAAAGAGUGCUGACCGUGAUGAUUUUCGACCCUUGAGGGAAUAUUAUCUCAUGAUUGUGUGUCAAUUCUGUGGCCAAAUGUCUUAUUUUUUCAAAAGAGCAAUAAAAAACCAUGCAUAAUG